AGAUUGAUGCAUUACCCGGGGAACUCGAUCAAAACAAUACAAUGCAUUUUCAUUGGUUGAAGUUAGUAAAUCAGACGUGAAAGUUUUUUUCUCCCAUUGUAGCCCAACAAUUGGUUAUCAGUUUUAGAUUAAAACAAAUGACACUGGAUACACUAAUGCUAUAAACAAGCAUUGAAUUAAAAUAUUUAUUUUAAAAGCUAAUAUGAUAUUAUUAAUUAAUAAACCACUCGAAUACAGUUUAAAACUAUCCGGUUUUUGGCCAUUCGAAUUUAAUAUAAUUGGUUCAUUAGCAUUGAUUUCAACUUUAGUGACAACUUUACCUUUCCAAUGUUGGCAAGCAUUCAAUUUUACAAACGAUUUCGUAUUACUGAUGGACAGCUUGAGUGAUAUAUUGGCAGAAGUUUUAAUAUUUCUCAAGCUCUUUGCAAUGUGGAAAAGUAAAAGUGCAGCUGCAUCGUAUUAUCCAGAUUUAUUAAUGUCGUACUUCGGAAAGCCAAUUGAAAAUAGAAAAAUGCUGUUCCAGUCGUGUUAUCCAUUCAAUUAUUUGGGUUCUCCAACUUAUGAACUCAUCAAUCUUAUGCAGAUGAUCCAAGCAGUAGCAAUGAUGGCAGCAGAUUCUCUGAGUAAAACUUUGUUAGUAGCAUUGAUUUUACACGUCAUUGCUAAUAUAGAUCUGCUGAAAAAUGAAAUAAGAAUUUAUUCUACCAAUAUUGCUAACACAUGCAACCACACUAAUAAUAAAAAGAGUACUGUUGACUUGAAACAAGUCAUAAGUCAACAUCGAAAAAUUUUGUACUUAGUUCAAAGUAUUGAUAAUGCGUAUUCCUAUGUAUCACUUUUCCAAAUAGUAUUUAGCACCAUCAUCAUUUGUGUUACGGGAUUUGUGAUAGUUACGGCAAUGGAGUCUGCUAAUAUAAUACUUCUGUUCAAAUUCAUUUUGUACAUUAUAGUGAUGCUGUCUCAAGCUUUUACUUUUUGUAUAGCUGGACAAUAUCUCCGAAAUGAAGGGGAAUCGAUCAUACAUGAAAUAUAUGACUGCCUGUGGUACUAUACAGAACCUAAAGAAAUUAAAUCGUUGAUUUUUGUUUUGAAAAGCGCUCAAAUACCUUUAACUUUAGGUGGAGGAAAAUUAUUUGAACUUUCGACGAAUUCUUUUACAAUGAUUGUAAAAACAUCUGUGUCUUAUUUAUCAGUACUUCGAGCAGUAUGCGUUUGAAAGCUAAUGUAUCAAAUGUAAAUUCUAUAUAAUAUUAAAUUUUCGAUAAAGAUGUUGACUGUAAAACUAAGAAUUAUGGACAGAAAUCAAAUUAAACAACAUAAACAUAUUUUAAUAUCACAUAUUAUUGUAAAUAAUAAAAACAAUAAUGAUUUAUGUACAAAGUAUAUUUAUUUGUAAGUCUACUCACAGCAUUAUUUAUUGUUAGAUGUGCAUUUACCAAGAAAACUCAGUCGAUAUAAAUUUGAAAGUUUUACGAAAUUUAUCAAAAAAUUUCAUAUAUUUUGUUUAAUGACCGUUAAAAGAUUUAGAAUCUGUGGAUUACAAAAAAUAUUUUUUAACUUGAUCUUUGCAAGAGCCAGGAACGUACUCUUUACAUGGUACAAUGUAAUACACAAGUUCCAUGUAACUGAUACGACACAAACAUAGAUUUUUCUUACGGUAUAAACAAACAUUCAAUUCAUUAUUAAACGCAUGAUGGUAUGCAAUAAAUCUAAUGAUAAAUCUUCGGAUUACAAGCAUCAUUCACUGUAUGUGAUCUUUCUCAAUUACAAUGAAAAAUUAAAAUCACCUAGGAGACCUUAUACAAACAGAGGACGUACUUUUCGAUUGGUUGCAAUAAGGAAUAAAGGUGGAGCUUCGUAAAUGGAUACAUUGAAUGUCUUCAGUGCAUAGA